GACACUUCAGAAAGUAUAACAUAUUGAAUCUGCCAUGUCUGACCUAUCAGAGGUAACGUGGAAGUGGAUGGAGUUGCAUGAUUCAAUAUCCUCCCCCAGUGCUGCGAGGACAAACAAGAACAGCAGGACUGCGGACAUGAAUUCACCUCAACAGGGAAAAUGUAGCCCUCUAAGUCUUUCCACGGGACCUAUCUCUGAAAACAGAACGGAGACGUUGCCCGUUGCAAACCAGGAAAUAAAGUUGGAAGCAGUUCAAAGCCAAUUGCCUGCAAAAACAUCUAAGGCUCCAGCUUUGAAUGAAAAUUACAGGAAUAAUUUGGGCUGGACUCCACUCCAACAUGCAGCGUUCUGUGGACAUAUUCCUUUGAUCAAAUAUCUCCUCCACAGACGCGCAGCUAUCAACCACAGGAGUGAGUAUCAUUAUACUGCAAUACACAGGGCUGCUUGGAAUGGUCACACUGACGCGGUGGACUAUCUUUUGCAUCGAGGAGCUCUUCUUGAGCCCAAGGCUCGUUGUGGAGCCAGUCCACUUCAUUGUGCUGCAGCUAAUGGUUAUGUUAAUACUUCCAAGCUGCUUCUGAAAUAUGGGGCAUCCACAGAUAUUAAAGAUAACAAGAGGUGGACUCCAUUACACUGGGCCUGUGUGAAUGGACACAUAGAAAUCAUUGAAUUGCUGAUAAUGGAGGGAACUAGCCUGGAUGAAAGGACAGACUAUGGCAUGACGUCGUUGCAAUUAGCAGUGGAGGCUGGGAAUUUCAAAAUUACUGACUAUUUACUGAAGAAAGGUGCAGACAUAGAUGCCAAGGAUGAAAAUAAUGAAACUGCUCUACACAAAGCUGCUGCAAAUGGAAAAAUAGAGAUCUUGCAGCUGCUACUCAAACAGAAUGCCACAGUGGAUGCUUCAGAUAUAAACCAGCGCACACCUCUCCACAGGGCUGUGGAGAGUGGAGUUCCUGCUGUUUACUUGUUGUUGCAGUUUGGUGCUUCCAUUAACAGCAGGGAUGCACUGCAGAUGACUGCUCUGCAUCAAGCAGCUUUCCAAGGACACGAGGCAGUCACAAGACUUUUAAUUCAACGUGGUGCUGACAUACACGCCCGAGACAGGAUGGAUAAGACUCCCUUGCAUCUGGCUGCAGAGAAGGGACAUUGUGCUGUUGUACAAUUACUUAUUAGCAAUGGGGCUGAAUUACAAGCCAAAACAAAGUGGAAUGAAACGGCAGCUGAUCUUGCCAAAGAACAAAAACAGGAAGAGGUUCUCAAAGUACUGAGGAGUCACAUGUAGAUCAGACAAUACAGUCUUUUGAAGUAAUCUAUCAUUUCAUAUAUACAAUAAAAGUUGUAUUUUAUGUACAGUAGCUUGGCAUCCCGUGCUUCAGUCCUUCCCAAGCAAACAAUACAUACCUAUUCUUAAACCGUGGGGCUAAUGCUGAGCCUGUGUUCUGCAUCUCGGUUCCAGCAAGAUGUUUUUAUUGUCUAUCUACCUUCAUUCAUCAAGUAAUUAAAUCUAAAAACACCAUUUUACCUUCAAGACGAUCUUGAGCUCCAUCUUAUCACAGACAUUCCCUUUGUUCCAUUCACACUCCCAUUCUCUGCAACUUAAAACAUGUUUUCCCUCUUUCCAAUUCUACUGAAGGGUCAUUGAUCUGAAAUUCUAUUUUUCUCUUCAUAGAUGCUGCCUAACCAAAUGAUUAUUUCCAGCAUUUUCAUUUUGAUCUUUCUCUUGUGUCAAUUAAAUUAUAAAAUGGUUACGGUCCAGGAGGAGGUCACAUGGCCCAUCAUAAUGACAUUGGCUCUCUACCAGAACAACCCACCAGUUCCAUCCCCUGAUCCUUUCUCUGUAAGCCUUGCAAAUUUUUCACCAUAUAUUUAUCCAAUUGCCUCCUGAAGGUCACACUGGAACCUGCCUUCAUCACAUCUGUAGGCAAUGCUUCCAGAUUCCAACUACACAUUAUGCAAAAAAUGGUUUGUACUCACAUCAUUCAAUAUCUCUUCUUUAUUUUAUAUCUUUAAACUCUACUAUUUGACACCUCCACCAAAGGGCACAGCUUUCUACGAUCCACUCUGGUCCCCUUAUCAGUCUAUAUACUUCCAUCGAACCUUCCCUCAGCCUUCUCCGGAGAAGAGUCCUUUGCUCUCUAAUCUAACCUGAGAAGCAUUGUCAGAAAAUGCUUUUUUUUGUUUCUUUUCCUUUUUCAAUAAAGAUGCCUUUUUUUGUGAAAUGCAGAAUGUGUCUUUUAGGUAGCGUUUAUGUGAGGAUUUCCUUGCAAGGCUAGUCUCAUCAAAUCAAAUGGCUCAGCUAAGCACACACUCUCCUCUGAAUCAAAAUAUUGAGUUCAUUCCAAUCUAAGGACUUAACAAAAGUGCAUUACUGAGGGAGUACUGCAUACUGGAGUCCCAUCAGCUCUCUUAGAUGUAAGUAAAAGAUCCAAUGUCACUAUUUCGAAAGAAGAGCAGGGAUGUUAUUCCUAGCCAAUACUGAUAACUGAAUGAAAAAUUCUAAAUCAGAUUAUCUGGUCGUUUGUGGCAGCUUGCUGUGCACAGAUUAUUUACGAUUUGAAAACACAUCAGAAAUGUUAAGGAAGUUUAAG